AUAUUAUUUCCGAAACUGGCAUGGGACAAAUGACAAGGAGCCAGCCGUAUAUCGCAGUAUUCCUCGCUCAACUGAUUCAGAGGACAAGUCAUAUAGAAGUGAGCAAGGCAGUGCUCUUCUGGAUAAAUCAUCAUUUGCCUAUCUCUUUGAGCAAGGGAAAUAUGACUUCAUUAAUGAUAUUGCCUCCCUAAAAGACCUGCACACUGAGCAGGAAAUCCACCAGUUUAAAAAUGAGAGCCUGGGAAUGGCUGUCCUCCACCUGUGUCAUCUUGCACUUAAGAAAGGCAUCUCCCUUGAGGAAGUGGCAGAGAGAACAAGUUUCAAAGAGUGCAUCCCACGGUCCUUUUGCCGACAGAUCCAGCAGAACAAUUAUUUGACCAAGUUUCGCAUGAAGAAUGUUUUCAAGAAAUUCUUGCAGCGUUUCCAGCAACACACAGUGAGCACUGGCAAGCUUACAGAACAGGAUCUCAUGCACAAGUACCUAGCUACCUUGGAAAACUUGGCUCCACGUUUUGGGACUGAGCUCUUUGCAGCUGUUUCACUGGAAACAGUUUUGGAGGGUGAGAAGAUGCCACUUUACAUCAAUGGUGGUCAUACACAUCUGGAGAACUCCUAUGCCUCUCCUCCUGGUAGCAGGCCUGUCACCCAUGAAGUCUUGGUCACAGGCAUUAAUGGGAUUCAGUGGCGACCCAUCCCUGCUGAGAAAUCACAAAGUCAGCCCCAUAAAGUUUAUUUGGGGAGGAAAGUCAAGACUAAAAACCACAAGUCCAAGCAGUCCUACCAACCAGUGGAGCAAGAUGAAGCCAAAUGGGCACACUUUUGUGACUUCCAGGAGAUCACACAUAUUGUUAUCAAAGACUGCAACGUCAGUAUCCAUCGGCAAGACAAUAAGUGUCUGGAUUUGACUCUUUCAUCCCAUGAGUGUGCUCUCUCCUUGAUUUCGCUAGUAGAUGGUUACUUCAGAUUAACAGCUGAUUCUAGCCAUUAUCUGUGUCAUGAAGUUGCCCCACCACGACUGGUUAUGAGUAUCCAGAAUGGUAUUCAUGGACCCAUGCAGGAAGAGUUCAUUUUGGCUAAGCUGAAGCGGGAAGAGCAGGAAGACGGGCUGUAUGUCCUCCGUUGGAGUGUCCUUGAUUUCAAUAGAUUGAUCCUAUCAGUACUAAAGAAAGGCCAGAGUGUCAGUACUCAAGGUGCUGCAAGCUACAGACAGUUCCGGAUCCAGAAGAAAGGAAAUUCCUUUGUACUUGAAGGCUGGGAGCAAGAGUUUCCUAGUGUUCUAGAACUGAUGAAUGCUCUCAAAGGCUGUACUCUAAAAUCUGGAAAUGACAUCUUCAGUUUGAAGAGAUGCUGUGUCCCAAAACCAGGAGAGGUCUCAGACCUGCUCAUCACACGAAAAGUGAAGGACAGCACAAGACAGAUUCUGAAUUUGACUCAGCUGAGUUUUCAUCAGAUUCGGAAGAAUGAGAUUACACAGAGAGCACACUUGGGACAAGGAACACGCACCAAUAUUUAUGAUGGUGUACUUCAUGUAUGUGGUGGGGUCAACAGUGAUGAUGAGACAGACUAUUUUUCUACUGAGCAGAAUAACAAUAGCCGUGACAUGCAUGUAGUGCUCAAGAUGUUGGACCCAAGCCAUAGGGACAUUGCUCUGGCAUUCUUUGAAACAGCCAGCCUGAUGAGCCAGGUGUCCCAUAUCCACUUGGCCUUUGUUCAUGGGGUUUGUGUAUGGGGUUCAGAGAAUAUAAUGGUGGAAGAAUUCAUUGAGCAUGGCCCCCUGGAUGUUUUUUUGCGGAAUAACAAAGGACGGAUAACAGUAGGCUGGAAAUUCACUAUUGCAACACAAUUAGCUAGUGCCCUGAGUUACCUUGAAGAUAAAAACCUAGUGCAUGGCAAUGUAUGUGCCAAAAACAUCCUGUUGGCCAGGAAAGGUUUGGAAGAUGGCUUGCUUCCCUUCAUUAAGCUCAGCGACCCAGGAGUCAGCUUCACUGUGCUCUCCCGAGAAGAACGAGUUGACCGGAUCCCGUGGAUAGCUCCAGAGUGUGUCAAAGAUGUAAGCAACCUUAGCACAGCAGCUGACAAAUGGAGCUUUGGGACCACACUGCUGGAAAUAUGUUUUGAUGCAGAUGUGCCACUAAAAGAACGCACUCCUUCUGAGAAAGAACGCUUUUAUGAGAAAAAACAUCAUCUUCCAGAGCCAUCCUUCAAAGAACUAGCUACCCUAAUCAGCCAGUGCCUAAACUAUGCUCCUGGAGAGCGACCCUCCUUCCGGACUAUCUUACGAGACCUCACUCAACUGCAGCCACAUAACCCUCUCGACAUUAGCUCUGUGAAUCCUGCAUUCCUUGUAUCAGACCCUACUGUCUUUCAGAAGCGCUACCUGAAAAAGAUUCGAGAUCUGGGUGAGGGCCACUUUGGUAAAGUGAGCCUGUAUUGUUAUGAUCCCACCAAUGAUGGCACUGGUGAGAUGGUAGCAGUGAAGUCAUUGAAAUCGGGUUGCAGCCAGCAGCUCUUGACUAGUUGGAAAAAGGAGAUUGAGAUCUUGAAGACACUUUACCAUGAGAAUAUUGUAAAAUACAAAGGCUGCUGCAGCGAACAAGGGGAAAAGAUUGUGCAGCUUAUCAUGGAAUAUGUGCCUCUGGGAAGUCUGAGGGAAUAUCUUCCCAAGCACAAUGUCAGCUUGGCCCACAUUCUCCUCUUUGCCCAGCAGAUUUGUGAGGGAAUGGCUUAUCUCCACUCCUUGCGCUACAUCCAUAGAGAUCUAGCAGCUAGAAAUGUGCUCCUAGAGAAUGAGAAUGUAGUAAAGAUUGGAGACUUUGGUCUUGCCAAAGCCAUCCCCGAAGGACAUGAAUAUUACCGUGUCUGUGAAGAUGGAGACAGCCCUGUCUUCUGGUAUGCUGUGGAAUGCCUCAAGGAAUGUAAAUUCUAUUAUGCUUCUGAUGUCUGGUCCUUUGGAGUGACUUUAUAUGAACUGUUGACACGAUGUGAUUCGAGUCAGAGCCCUCCAGCACGAUUUAUUGAGAUGAUUGGCAUGACUCAGGGUCAGAUGACAGUGCUGCGGCUGAUAGAACUGCUGGACAGAGGGAUGAGGCUGCCCAGUCCAAAGGACUGCCCUUGUGAGAUUUAUCGUCUGAUGAAAAACUGUUGGGAAACAGAAGCUUCAUUCCGCCCAGCUUUUACAAACCUAGUGCCCAUUCUCAAAGCUUUCCAUGAAAAAUACAGGACCCAGGCCCCUUCAGUUUUCAGUGUGUGUUGAUGAGAAUGAAGAGAUUUUGUACCAAAGACCAAAGUCUUAUUUACACUCUGUGUCCUAGUGCGCUAUAUGUCUGGAAAGCCACAGUGCCAUGAAAGUUGCUUCCAAGCAACAACAUCUUGGAUUCUGACUUUUGCUGUUUUGCUGUCCAGAGCAGUGCAGUGUUCCUGCCUCAUCUGGGUUUUUUUGCACUUAACAAAUGCGAUGGGGCAUAAGGAAAAGCCCACCCAGUUUCUCUGUCUAGAUGAAAGGCAGAAGCUGCUUAUAAAACUUUGUCCUUUGCUACAUCCAACUGGGACGCAAGUCAUCUGUAAAGUCUCAUUAUGGGAUGUCCUGGUACAGGAAAGCGAGUUGCUGUCUUUAAUGCAUUUAAUGGACUGUUGAGCUUAUGGUCCAAUGCAGAGUGUGCAGCUCUAAUUCAAAGAACCCUGGAAAUGAAGCCAACGUACUGAAAUGCAAUAUUUGGACUUGCUAUUUGAGAAACCCGUUGUAUCAUAUAGAACUGCUUACCAAACAGAAUGAAAGGCAUCUGGCCUUUAUCUGCAGCAUCUUUGCAAGGAAAUAUGCUUUUUCUAACCUGGUAUUUGUUCCCAUUCACUCUUUUUACAUCUCUUUAUCACCCAUAGUAUAGCAUUAUUUGCACUUCCGCUUGGUAAGGGUCACUCAUCUGCCUAUAUGGAGCCAGAAGCACUCUUAGCUGACUCAGUACUGGAGAAGUAAAUAUCUGAUCACAUCUAUUUCUACAGAGGUUUUUGUUCCCAAAGAGCAAUCCUUACUGUCUCCCAGAUUGCUGAAGAAAGGAUUCCCACUAAUGCGGAUUUGCAGCAGCUGCCAUGUUUCCCUUUGAACUUUCUAAGAGCUCACCAUGCUUUUUAAAUGACAUAAAACAACUGCAUCUUUUCUUGGGCUGAGAACCAUUCCCCAAACCAUUAUUGGUUUGAAAUGACCAACCAAAAAAGUUCACCACCACCUAUCCCCUGCUGUUUGCCAGUCAAAAACUUUGAAUUUGAAGGGAGGGUGGAAAGAAACUGCAGGCCUUAAAUAGUACUGAAAAUGAAGACAAGAAAUGCCUUUUGGCCACUAACUAGUUGCUACCCUCUGACAUGCAAGCUUAAUGUAGCACAGUAAAGAUGGCCUGAGCUGGUAAUCCUACAUCCUGGGAAAAAACCAGCUGCCAUAUAACCUCAGAAGGAUUGUGAUGCCUCUUCUCUGUUGUACUGUUUAAAAUGCCAUUUUGCUUCCUAAGUGAUUGGAGCAAUUGUUUUUAUUGUGCAUCUUCAGGUUAUUUUCCCCAAAUGAUCUUUCAGAUGAAGUCCUGCUUUCAUAGAUGUGUAUCAGAACUUGUUGGGAGUGGGACUGCAGGCUCUAGGGUGUGUAGAUCUUCAUGAAACACC